AUGGGCUCGGCAGGCGCCCACGCAACGUCAUUCUUCAGUCGGCUAUCAGGCUCCCACGCCUCAGCCAGUUCGUCAGGCUCCCACGUCUCAGCGGGAUCGUCACUCUUUCACGCCUCAACCGGGCCAUCAGCCUCCCACGCCUCAGCCGGUUCGUCAGGUUCCCACGUCUCAGCGGGAUCGUCACUCUUUCACGCCUCAACCGGAUCGUCAGCCUCCCACGCCUCAGCCGGUUCGUCGGGUUCCCACGCCUCUGCCAUUUCGUCGGGCUUCUACGCCCCAGCCAGCUUGUCCAGCGCCCAUGCCUCGUCCGGCCCGUCAGGCUCGCCCAGGUAA